CCGCACAAUUGUGGGGCAGCUCAAGCUCAAGCCACAUCGGCGACUGCUUCAUCACCCCCACACAUGAGAACAGCGGACAACUCACAGACACCUCGCGGACAACUCGCGGACACCUUACCGGCAAAGGCAGCUCGAGACCGGCUUCGAUUGCGCCAAUCGAACCUGCGACAUCAUAAUCGAAGAUUAGUCAGCAUCAGACAAUUACAGCCAAGAUGUCGCCAGGAAUGUCGCUGUAUAGCGUCAACGCUAUAUUGAUUCUCUCGAGCGAGGACGGGUCGCGGAUAUUCACCAAGUACUACACCCCACCACACCAGGCGACCCAACCAAGCGGAGCAGCACCCGCCAGCUCCUCCCAGAAUCCCUACCCGGACAAGACGUCGCAAACGCGCUUCGAAAAGGCGCUCCUCCAGAAGACGGCCAAGCAGACGGGCGACAUCUUGCUCUUCGACAACCGGAUCGUGCUGUACAAGAUGGAGUCGGACGUGGCGCUGUACGUGGUCGGCAGCGUGGACGACAACGAGAUCCUGCUGUACAACGUGCUGCUGGCGCUGCGCGACAGCCUGCACCUGCUGUUCAAGCAGUCGGUCGACAAGCGGACCAUCAUCGAGAACUACGACCUCGUGUCGCUGGCCAUCGACGAGAUCUGCGACGACGGCGUCGUGCUGGAGACGGACCCGACCAUCAUCGUCCAGCGCUGCAGCCGCGCGCCGUCGCAGGACGUCAACCUGAGCCGCAUCGACCCGUUCAGCGAGCAGGGCGUCAACAACCUGGCGCAACUAGGCAAGGCGAAGUUGACGGAUUGGUUACGGCAGGGGUUGUAGGCGUUACGGAAGGGCAAGGGUUAUGUCGUGAAUUUAGAUUUUUUUUUCCUGUCUCCUCUCUUUUCGAUCAAAAAAGUGCGGGU